CCACUGGGGACCCCAGGCCAGCCCCGCACUGGUGCCACCGGUGCCACCCACCGCAGGGUGCGGCCACCCCGUUGUCACCCAGAUGCCACCCGCGGCCGGGCCAGCAGGUUCCUCGGGCAGAGGCGCCGGAAGCGGCGCUGCCACCGCGAUGCCACCGCGAUGCCACCGCGAUGUCACAUCGGUGUCACAUCGAUGCCACAGCGGUGUCACAGCGGUGUCACCGCGGGGUUGGCAGCGUCCCCUGCCCGCCCCGAGCGCGGGGGGCGCGUUCCCGGCCCCGGUGUCCCCUCGGUUGACGGAGGAUGACGUGUACUGCCGCUGUCUGUCGCGCACUCUGUGCCACACGGCCACUCCGGUCACCGUCGGUUUCUACGCGCCGUGUGGUCACCGCCUCGAGUCCCUGCUGGCCAAGGUCACCGCGUUCAUGCGUGAGGAGAUGGCCCAGCGCGAGCUGGCCGAGCUGCGCCGGGGCGGUUCCCGUCCUCGCCGGCCGCGGGGUUGGGGUCUGCUGGCGGCGCUGUGGCUGCUGACCUUCUACCAGCCCGUGGUGACCGAGGGCCACCUGCGGAGGAAGAACCUGGAGUUCAUCUUCAUCCGCUUCAGCGCCUGGGAGUUCGCCGGCUGCGACAAGCUCUGGGCGGGGCUGGUGACCACGCUGUGCCACCGCGUGCGCCGCCACUUCGGCGCGUUGCCGCUCAGCGUCUUCCACGUGUUGGGCUCGCGGCCGCGCUUCGCCGCCGGCGCCGAGCGCCGCGAGUGGGUGCUCAAAACCGGCGUGUGCCUGCGGCUCUGGGCGCUGCUGGCGGCGUUGGCCGGCGGCGUGGCCGUGCUGCUGGUGGCCCUCUUGGUGCCCGGCGUCAAGGAUCACCGCGUCCUCAAGGCGGUGGGCGGCGCGGUGGCGUCGUUGUCGGGUUCCUCGCUGCUGUUGGGCGCGUUGUCCAUCCUCAAGAACUUCCUGGUGAGCGAGAAGAAGAAGAUCGAGCGGUUGACCAACAGCGACAGGUUUGCCGGGCAGUUGGGCUUCAUGAGCAAGAUCCGCGCCGAGGUGGAGGUGCUGGUGGAUUAUUUGGCCUUCAUGGAAGUCUUCGAGCGGCGGCGGCUGCGCGUGGUGAUGGAGAUCAUCGGGCUGGACCUCUGCUACCCGGAGAAGGUGGCGGGGGUGUUCAACGCCAUGGCCACGCUGCUGUCGGACGCCAACGCGCCCUUCAUCUUCCUGCUGGCCGUGGACCCCAGCGUCAUCGUGCCGUGCCUGGAGCAGACGGGCUGCAUGAAGGGGCUGGCGGACAACGGGUACCUGUACCUGAACCGCGCCGUCACGCUGCCCUUCUCCAUCCCCGAGAUGGGCGCGCGCUCCCGCCUGCGCAGCGUGGCCGCCGCCAUCCGCACGCGCGAGGACCUCAUGUCGCUCAUCAUCGCCGGCAACGCCGCCAAAACCCGUAACAACGGUUGUGGUGUUUCCGCGGCGGUUCCGGCGUCGCCCGGUUGGAAGGAGGCGGAUUCGGAGGCGGUGGUGUGGAUCCACGAGGCGUUCCGCUGCCUCCACGACGGUUCCGACAUCUUGUGCCGGUACCUGCCGGAGAACGGCGCCAACGUCCGGCGCAUCGUCAACACCAUCCCCAUCACGCUGCGGCUGCUGCUGCACCGCGCCGGCGGCGCCGCGCCGCUCUCGCCCCGCGCCGCGGCCGCGUGGGUGGUGCUGGCUGACCGCUGGCCGUGCCGCCUCAGCUGGACGCUGCAGUGCCUGGAGGACGCCGGGCAGAACAUCGCGGUGUCACCAUCAUCAUCAUCAUCAUCGUUGGAGAGAUCCUUGUGGAGCGUCUUCGAGGAGCACGCGGGCGAGCUGAGCGCGCUGCGGCAGCCGCUGGGCAAAGUGCUGAGCCUGGACGCCGAUCCCGGCCUCUUCCAGGCCUUCCUGGCGCGGGAUUUCCCCUUCGGCGCCCGCGAGGCGCGGCGGCUGCUCGGCGUCACCGUCAACCUGGACCACUCCAUCCGGCAGCAGAUGGGGCUGCUGCGGGCGCUGGCGCGGCUCGGCCGGGCGGCGCCGGUGAACCGCGGGGUGCAGUGCACGCCCUGCGCGCGGUGACGACGCAAG